GGUAGAGGUACCUACAUAUAAGGUAGCUCCAUCUGUAUACGUGCGAUAAGUGUUGUUAUAAAAUCACAACGUGAGCAUCGACGUAUACUACUAAUCAUGCAGAUCAGUUGUGAUGGGUUUUCUCCAUACAACGUAGCAUUCUGUGCGUUGCGUUCGUCGAAUCAUAUGUGACGAAGUUUAGUGUAGUUUCAUGUGUACUACGUGAUCGAUGAUUUUCUAAAAGUGUUAAUUGAAAAUAAAAACGAUGAAAAAUAGCGCGAUCUUUUUUAUAAUUUUUAUUUCCCUGUUGUGGAGUAAUGUGGAAUCUGGCGGUAGGUAUCCGAAACAAAAACUUCAAAAUUGUCCAGAUAAUGAGGUCCAAUGUGCUCCUAAAUUUAAGAUGAAUAUGGCACCAUUCGCAAAAUUUGAUAAACUUCAGGAAAAAGAUAGUCAAAACUUCAAAUGUCUUGCUUAUGGCGAUCCAGCUCCAAAUAUUACGUGGUACAAAAAUGGCGAAAAUUUGAACAAAUCUGUCAAAGAAUUCGAGUGGACUGCUUACAAUUUACAAGCUAAAAAAGACGACGGAAAUUACACGUGCGAGGUGUGCAAUAGCAUGGGGUGCAUUAAGCACACUUUUGAAGUUCAUGUCAUAAGACAUCUGAAGAUAGUAGAUGGUCCAAAAAAUGCUACCAGAAAAAUUGGAGAAAGGUAUGAAUUGAGAUGCCAACAUAACCAUCCUUUAGAUGAAUAUCUCAGAAUAGAUUGGUUUUAUGCAACUACUGAUCCAUUUAACUCAACGGGGCCACCCAAUGAUGAUCAAUCUGAGAGGCGGCAGAACAAUCAUGAUAGGGACGUUUUUACGAGCACACGUGAGAUUGAAAUCGAAAGUGAGAACCAAACAGGAUGGUACACUUGUGGAGUAAUCACCAAACCAGAACAAGUGUAUAAGUCUGCAUUUUUAACAGUCAAGCCCAAAGAUAAUGUAGAUGAACAUCCAAGCGUCUUGCUGUCCUUUUCAGGAAGUAUUGUUUUAGCCUUAUUGCUCGCCGUUGUUAUUCUAAUCGCGUAUCACAAAUUCAGAGAGAACAACCCUAUCCCUCCGACUAUCAUGAGACAAUAUAUUCCAGCAAUUGUAAUCAAGAAACAAGCCACUUCUGAAUCUGGUUCUAAUGAACUCAAAAGCACAUUUGACGUUUUCGUCGAACGUCGUCCGGCUCCUGACAAUUUUAACGUCGAGGAGGGCCAUCAAUACUACGAAUUUCCAAAAGAUGCAGAAUGGGAAUUCCCCAGAGAAAAGGUACAAUUGUUGAACGGUAUCGGUGAAGGAAAUUUUGGCAAAGUGUUCAAAGCAGAAGCCUUCGAGAUUUUGAAACCAGGCAUCUCUACCACUGUUGCUGUGAAGACACUCAAACAAGGAUUCGACGACGAAGCUGCGAAGAAUUUAGUAGUCGAAACGGAAACAAUGAAAGCAAUAGGCAAACACAAGAAUAUCAUCAAUUUACUAGGAUGUUGUACGGAUAACGGUUCAUUGAUGGUUAUAAUGGAGUACGCAGCUCUCGGAAAUUUAGUAGAUUUUCUCAGAACUCAUAGUUAUCCCGUGAAUAACAAUGGGAAUGAUUAUGUCACACUGGGGAAUAAUUUAAGUGAAGAAACGCUGCUCGGAUUUUCUCUUCAGAUUGCCGAAGCUAUGGAAUUCUUGGCCUCGAAAAAGUGUAUACACAGAGACCUAGCUGCUCGUAACGUUCUCGUGACCGAAGAUCAUACAAUGAAGGUUGCUGACUUUGGAUUGGCUAGAAACGUGCACGAAAACGACUAUUAUCGUAAUACAACCAACGCCCAUCUGCCGAUCAAAUGGAUGGCUCCUGAAUCCUUGUAUCAUCGCAAAUACACGUCGCAGUCGGAUGUAUGGUCUUUUGGAAUAGUCUUAUGGGAAUUGGGCUCCAUGGGAACACCACCAUAUCGUGAUUUGUCAAACAGCGAAGUGCUCAAAGGGCUUCCAGAUGGCUUACGCAUGGAUAAACCUGAAUUGUUCUCAGUCGAAACCUAUAAACUGAUGCGAAAUUGCUGGAGUUAUCUUCCCGAAGAGCGACCAACCUUCGCUAGUAUUGUACAACAAUUGACUAAUUUAAUAGAUGAUAUAAAACAGCAAAAUCAGGUACCAGAAAAUUUUGAAAUGGAUCUAUCAUCAGAAAGUGAAGAAGAAUAUGUUGAAUCAUCUUUAUACUCGUAUGAUGUCCCUCUGGUAGGAGUUCAAGUAUGCUGAUGAGAUCACUAUAUCAUGUUGGAAUUCAUUCCAUCUUCAAUUCGAUGACUUGCUAUAAUUUUUGGAAGAUAAUCGAAAUGAUAUUUUCUGCUUGAAACAAAUCAGGAAAUUAAAAUGUAAUGUGAAAGAGGUUGUAAGAAAAUUAUAUUGAAAUUUUCUGUGAGAUAUAAUUAUCAAGAUUUGAGUUGCGCAGCGAAUGCUAUUUUUCACUUAGAGAAGCAGAAGAGGUGAGAAGGGAGUAGUAUAUGGAUAAGGUGUCUGAUGACUUUAGGUUUUUUAGUGGUGGAAGUGAAGUUGACGUUUUAAAAUUUGAUACGAUCAUUCCUAAGAAUGGUGAAGUGGUGUGCUUGAAAUUGUUUUCAGAGUUGAGUAGAUGAAUAGAAGUAAAUCUCAGUGAAGAUUUUUUCAUCUGAACGUAGGAGAGUUUGCUUCAAAGAAUCUAGUCAUAAAACGCAAUUUAAAGUAUAAUCGAAAAAAAGUUGGGUAUUGAUUUUGAGUUGGAAGUCACUCAGAAAAUUUGUUAGCUUCUUGAUCGUCAUUACCGAUUUCUAAAACCGAGAUCGAGAUUGAAUGCCUGUAGGCUGUAUGAGUACCUACCUAUUUUUAAGAAUUUUUUUCCAAUAGGAUGUUUUACUGUAAAAGUACAGAGACUUAAUUUCUGCAUCGUAGUGAUCAUGUUUAUUUUUAAUGACGUCACAAUUUUAUGUACAUAUGUACAUAUUAUUUGUUGUUGAAUACUUUUUAAAGAAAAUACAUACAGGUUGUCUUACUAUACUUAGAAGUACAGACGCUUAAUUUCUGCAUCGUAGUGAUCAUGUUUAUUUUUAAUGACGUCACAAUUUUAUGUACUACAUAUUUGUUGUUGAAUAUACUUUUUAAAGAAAAUACCUACCAAUAUUAAUAUCGAAUGAAUGUAACUCAUUAGUGAGAUUUUUUUAUAAGUAUCAGUUUAGGAAUUAUAGUGUUAAUGUUUCUGAAUAGAUUUAUUUUUUAGUGUAGAACUAAAUAAAAGAACACAACGCUUGUUUUUAGUACCUACCUACUCAAAUCGUAUAGUAAUCGUAUGUAGUCUUGAUGACGUCACGAUUUUGUAUAUUUUUAUUUUUAUGUUAUGUUUUCGGUUUAACAUAGUAAUUUUUAAUAUUAUAAUUUUGUCCUGUUUAAGGCCUUCUUUACCUGUUCAUUAUUGUUCAUUAUUUUUUUUAAUAUGAAAGUAGAUCUUUCAAUUUUAUAAAAAAAUAUACCUACGUUUCAAAUUGUCA